CUCCGUCACUCCCUCCCAGCCAGCACCGGGAACUGCACUCACCGCUCGCACUCCGGGCUGGGACAGUCCGACCGGACACCAUUUUCCUCCAAAAUGAAAGCGGAUUAACUUAUUUUGAGGUUCUUCAUUUUUUUCUGGGACGUUCCUAGAUUUUGUGCCUGAAGAUGGUUAACAAUCAAGUUUUCCUUUGCUGUUCAGGAUAUGUACUGAGCUCUAACACCAAAGCAUGUUGAUACAAACCUGGCCUAUGACAGAUCCACUGUACACAUACUUCUGUAAAUGUUUCUUGCAAAACUGUCAUGGAUAACAAACCCUGUGACAUUACAAAAAAGAAAAUGAAGUCUCCUGAUGCUGUAAUAUUUGGCAUUAUUCCUCAAAAGAUUUUUUUAAGGACAUGGGUUAUAUUUUCCAUUGCAUUCCUUGCCAGAGUUGUCCUGGUAUUGUAUGGAGUCUACCAAGACCGAACCAUGCUGGUGAAAUACACAGAUGUUGAUUAUCACGUAUUUACAGAUGGUGCUCGAUAUGUUACACAGGGAUUUUCUCCAUAUAAAAGAGCUACAUAUCGUUACACUCCAUUAUUAGCCUGGAUCCUGACUCAAAACAUAUACCUCACUGAACUUUUUGGCAAAUUUCUGUUUGUGUUUUGCGAUCUGUUUGCCACAUAUCUCAUGCGGUCAAUUCUUGAACUAAGGGGACUAGAACCUUCCUCUGCCACCAUGUACAGCACAUUUUGGCUUUUUAACCCACUGCCUAUGACAGUGUCCAGCAGGGGAAAUGCAGAGUCUAUUUUAGCAGUUCUUGUCAUUUUGGCAUUGUACUACCUUCAGAAACGACAGCUUGUGAAGGCUGCUCUUGUCUAUGGUCUUUCUGUGCACAUGAAAGUUUACCCUGUCACUUACCUGCUGCCUAUUGCACUGUCACUGCAAACAAGAAACAUUGACAGCAAGAAUAAAGUUACUUCAAAAUUGAAAUACCAAUGGAUACAAAGUGCCUGGCAGUUUUUCCUUCGACUGUUGAAUCGUGAUCUUCUGAUCUUUGGUACUGUUACCGUUUUGACUUUUGCCAUAUGGGCCGUCACCUUUUAUUUCAGCUAUGGAUGGGAUUUCCUUGAGCAUACAUACUUGUACCACUUAACCAGGAGGGAUAUUCGUCACAAUUUCUCCCCAUAUUUCUACAUGUUGUAUCUAACUGCGGAGAGUGAUUGGAGUUUUACUCUUGGUUUGGCAGCUUUCCUGCCUCAGCUGCUGCUGCUAAUAGCUGUCUCAUUUGCUUUCUACAAAGACUUGGCUUUCUGCUGUUUUCUUCAUACUGCAAUUUUCGUGAGCUUCAACAAAGUGUGCACCUCACAGUAUUUCCUGUGGUAUCUCUGCUUGUUGCCUCUUGUGAUGCCUGGCCUGAAGAUAUUAUGGAGACGGGGAUUAUUUCUGCUCAUUCUAUGGUUUUUUGGUCAGGCUAUUUGGCUGGCUCCUGCGUACUUGCUUGAAUUUGAAGGACAAAAUACAUUUUUACUUGUCUGGAUAUCUGGCCUAUUGUUUCUUAUCAUUAAUAGCUGGAUCCUUGCUGAAAUCAUACAAAAUUACAAGCUACAACCAAAAAAAACACAAAAACUAAAGCACAAUUAGAUUUUGUAUUUAAAGACAUUUUACUGAUCUUACAUGGUAAAGCCAAUAAAGUUGCACUCAGGAAUACACUAUCAGGGUUUUUCAGUAAAGAUUUAAUUCUGGGAAAUUCAAAGUUGAUUUAAAUCAAAUGUAACAUUUUGGAAAGAUUGCAAAGAUUUAUUGUUGUUCAAAAUCCUUUUGUAAUUGCACAAGAUGUAAAAUUUCACGUCAUCAUUUCUAUUUGUUAUUUAUUUAAAAAGUGUUAAACACUUAAGCUAUUGCCGUGUUGUAAUCUAACUGUGUUGU